GGCUCUCAUUUCCCUCGCGUUUUAUCUUCUAAGAUCUGAAUCAAAAAAUGCAGGAUCCACCAAAUUUAAUCCCGAACCUGGAACCACCCAUUCCUUCCGAUGCAUCAUCCACCACCCAAACGUCGUCGUCUUUCCCCAACAACACAACCCCAUUCCGUGGCACUCACCACAGGCGAGCCCAUUCCGAGGUCCAAUUCCGGAUCCCGGACGAAUUGGAUCUCGGGUCCGACACGUUCGAAGGGUUGGUAUCCGAGAACGAAUUGUUAUGUAGUUACCUGGAUAUUGAGAAGUUCGGGGGAUCAUCGAAGGGGGCGGACGAAAUAGGGGCCGUUGGGUCUUCGAGUGGUGGGUCGGUUCAGAAUCAGAAGGGAGAGGAAAUGAGCAGUGGUGGAUCGGGGAAAGGAGAGAAGAAGAAUCAUGGGAAAGGAAGACAUAGGUAUAGUAAUUCAGUCGAUGAGUGCUUCACAAUGGAGUUGAUUGAAGCUAAGAAAGCUAUGUCUUCUGAUCAGCUUGCUGAAUUGUGGACUGUUGAUCCAAAGAGAGCCAAAAGGAUCAUUGCAAAUAGGCAGUCCGCUGCUCGCUCUAAAGAGAGGAAAGCUCGAUAUAUGUCUGAACUGGAGAGAAAAAUUCAAACACUUCAAACAGAAGCAACUACUCUUUCUGCACAACUAACCCUAUUCCAGAGAGAUGUGACUAGCUUGACUACGGAGAACACUGAGCUUAAGCUUCAGCUACAGGCUAUGGAACAACAGGCUUGGCUACGUGACGCUUUCAGUGAACAACUGAAGAAGGAAGUAGAGACGCUCAAGAUUGCCACUGGCGAAGAAACAACACCCACGGAUGCCUUCAAUUUGGGAAUGCACAAUAUACCAUACACACAAUCUUCCUUCUUUCCUCCCCAGCCACAGAAUAUACAAAUCGACAUCCAGAAUAUACAAAUGCCACCGUUUCAUCCCUUCCAAUCUAAUACAUUUACAACUAGUCAGCCCGUGGUAGGUGCCUCAUAUUCACAUUUGUUUUCCGAUAUGAUGCAACAGGAUCCUCUUGGCCAAUUGCAAGGGCUUGAUAUCAAUAGCAGGGAUUCCCACUCUGUGAAAUCCGAUGGCUCAUCGAUUUCCGCCAGUGAAAGCAGUGGAACAUUAUGAUAUGGAAAUUUUCUUGUCUGCACGUUCUCCUGCCCUAUUUGUUGAAGUGUUCAUAGGCUGACAUUCUUGACAUUGAGAGGUGUAAUCCAAUCAAAUUCGAUUCUUUUAACGGUUUCGUUUCCUGGGAUUUGAGUUUUGCAGUAGCUUUGCUAGGUAUUAAAGAUAUUCAAGAUUCUUUCCUUGCGGGAUUCAAAUUCAUUUGUUUUGGAGCAAUGGGUGUGGGAUUAUAGUUUUGAUCUAUAGGGUGUAGUAGGGCAAUGCAGUAUCAUCUUGGACCAGCUGCAACCAUUGUAUUAUCUGUUAUAAUUAUUA